GAGCUUACGCCUGCUAUUGAAUACACAAUACGGGAAAGUGGAAAGGAAGGACUUCCGGUAAGGAAACAACUGCUAGUGUAUUUGUGGUACAUAAGCAAUCAGGACAGUAUUAGAGAAAUUAGCCGUUUGUUUGGUGUGUCAACAUCAACCGUCCACAGAUGUAUUCGACGAGUUUCAAAGGCAUUGUGCAGCAUGCGCCAGCAUAUCAUUAGGUGGCCAGGUUUUGGCACCCAAGGCCUAAUAUCUGAAGCUAUAUCUGAGCGUGUUGGUCUUCCUAACGUCGUGGGUUUUAUCGAUGGGACACAUAUUCGUUUAAGUCAGAUUCCCAAUGACGAUACCGAUUACAUCAACUGCAAAGGAUAUCCAUCUAUUGUACUGCAGCUGGUUGUAGAUGAUCAACUUCUCAUCACAGACUGUUAUGUUGGAUGGCCUGGUUCAACACAUGAUGCCAGAGUGUAUCACAAUUCACCGUUGCAUGACAAACUAGUGAGAAGGGAUAUUCUUGGACAAGACAACUUUAUCAUAGGUGAUGGAGCUUAUCCACUUUCAACAUCAUUGAUGACACCCUUUAGGGACACUGGAAGAUUGACACAGCCACAGAAGCGAUAUAAUCGCAUAGUUUCAUCUGUACGGCAAAGUGUUGAGAGAGCAAUUGGCCAUUUGAAGAGCAGGUUCAGAAGGCUCAGAGAUGUGUACUGCAGCGACGUAGCCAGUGUAUGCGACCUGAUCAUGUCAGCCUGUGUUUUGCACAAUCUUUGCAUCCUUUGUGAUGAUGGAGUGAAUGAUUAUUUUGAGGAUCCAAUCAUUAACAACGUUGUGAAUAAUUACCCAGCUGUGUAUAGAGACACAGCUGCUGGUGUGUCAAAAAGAAAUAACCUUGUUGAUUUGUUAUCUGGACAAGAGUGAAUGUUUAAUUCAAUACAUCCAAGAAACUUCAUACUCAACUGAGAUAGAACCAAUUAUGCUACAUUCUGUUUCAGAUUUAAUAUGUGAAAAUAAAGCAUUACUGAAAUCUGUGAAACAUA